CGUUGUAACUUCAGUUGAUCUUGGAUUCGCGGUUCGUACGGUCGGUUGCGCAGAAGACCCACUCACAUGUACGGCGGUAAUACUCGCACACACUGAAUGACCGUUGGAUUUCUGAAAGGAAACGCAAAUAAUUGUUUAGAAUUCGGUUUGUGUUGUUUGAAAAUUUCGAUUUGGAAGUGACUGAAUUCGGAAGUGAAGAAAAUUCCAUUGAGCGAACAGCGACAGUAGUGCAAAUAAAACGAAAAAUUACGUGUGAUUCGUUUGUGAAUAUUUAAAGUAAUUAAUUAUAGUGAAUAACUGUACAUUAGUUGUUCAAUUUGUUUAUUUAAUCUGGUCACAUACAACGUGAAGAGCAUGCCUGGGCCAAGGCGAAUAAUGUGCAUAUUAUACACGCUGUUGCUAUGCAUCCUUGUAAGCGGCAGCACAGUAGACUUAAAUCCUUCGCAAACCGAAAAGCCUACAGCAAAUGAUCGCUUAGAUUGGUCGGUUGAAAACUAUAGUAAUGCUGAGCAUAUCGGAAAUGCGUUGAGUCCUCGCUUAAAGGACGAACCGGUUGUGAUGACACCUAGCGAACUGCAUUUAUUCCUCGAUAGUCUUGGAAAAGUUGAGGGCGCACAGUGUCGAGAUGAUUUAAAUAGCACGCUUUGGGGCAUUUUAAGUGGCCGACGAUGGGCCGUUGCAAUAUACGAUGCAAUGACCAAAUCUGCAAUCGGCGUUAAUACUGGCCUUCUGCACCAAUUCGGACAUUUCGAUGAAUGCUUAGACCAACAACAAUAUCAGACAAAUGCGAACGAAGACGAACCCACUGAGCUGAUAGUGCGAUCCCAAUACUGUCUGGUAGAUGUACAAAUGGAUGGAUUUACGAUGCAAACGGUGGCGAGCCGACAAAAAGAGGCCCUCAAUCGUAAUGGCGAUGCAGUUGUUGUGGCCGUUUGGGGCGCUUGCAUGCCCGCGUCUUGCCGAUCCAACGACAUCGCGUUAUUUAUGCAAAAUUACCUGCAACGCCCCGUGUUAAGUGCCAACGAGACGGCUUGCCAGCUGAGCAGCCUUGGUGCAGCCACCGAGCUGUAUGUCGACGGUGGAAUGUUUGUUUAUGCUCUUGUGAUAUUUAUAUUUGUUUUGCUGGCCACGUUGAGCACUGCCUACCAUGUCUACAUGAUCUACGCGUGUCGAAGCGCUGACGAUGUGUCGAAACGCGCGAUGCAACAACAAACACUGACAAUCGCAUUGCUCUCGUUCUCCAUUAUAGAGAACACAAAGAAACUGUUUCAGGCGAGCAAAGAUCAGAUGGGCCUCAAUUCGAUUAACGGCAUUAAAGCCAUCGCAAUGUUGCUGAUACUGGCGGGGCAUGCGCUGUCCUUCAUCUACGGCAGUCCCACUUAUAAUGAAGCUUUUGUGGCGGAGCAAACGAAAUACCCCACUUUUGCAUUCCUCUACAACUCGGUGUUGUUCGUGGACACAUUUCUGCUGCUGAGCGGCUUUCUGUUCUGCCGCAUACUGUUGGUCGAGCUCGAGCGUCGUCGCGGUCGCAUAAAUCCGUUGAUUUUGUACGCUGGUCGCUACAUUCGUCUCACACCGGCCUACAUGGCUAUAAUCGGCUUCUACAUGACCUGGUUCCCGAGCAUUGGCAGUGGCCCUCUAUGGCGGGAACGCAUCGUACGCGAGCAGGAGCGCUGUCAGGCUUCGUGGUGGCUCAACAUUCUCUAUGUGAAUAAUUACUUCAAUACGGAUAAGUUUUGCAUGUUCCAGUCGUGGUAUUUGUCCGUGGACACGCAAUUGUUCUUCAUCGCGCCGAUCUUCAUCUACUUGCUGUACAAGAUGCGAAAAUGCGGCAAACAUUUGCUGAUAGCCACAGUCAUUUGCACGACGCUCAUACCAUUUGUGGUCACAUUUCUGCGACAAUUGGAUCCCACCUUACUGGUCUAUGCCGACGAAUUGGUUGACUUAGCCAGCAAUAAUUACUACAUUGGCUAUUACAUAAAAACACACAUGCGCGCCUCGGCCUACUUCGUUGGUCUGCUGACUGGUUACUUGGUACAUGUCAUGCAGGAGAGAGGCAAGAAGCUACACACUGUCCUGGUGCGAGUCGCCUGGUUGAUUUCCACUUUAAUCGGCAUCGCGACGCUGUUCUCUAUUUGUCGCUUUUACCGUCGUCCCUAUAAUCAAAUUGAGAGUCUCCUCUACGCCGGCCUACAUAAACUGGGCUGGAACUUGUCAGUGGCUUGGUUGGUAUUGGCUGCUACAACGGGUCAUGCCGGUUGGCUGCAAAACCUCUUGAGUAGUCGCGUUUUUGCGCCCAUCAGCCGGCUCACCUACUGCGCCUAUCUAUCGAACGGCAUUGUCGAGUUGUAUCAUUCCUCCACCAUCCGUUAUGGCAGAUAUCAGUCUUUUGUGAAUUUGGAGAACGAUAUGAUCAGUCACACGGUGGACACAUUCGCUUUGGCCUUCGUGCUUUGCCUGCUCUUUGAGUCGCCCAUACAUGCUCUCGAACGGAUAUUGCUGCGGCGUGCGGGCCGCCCAGAGAAACGCGCGCCAUCAACGGAGAACCAAAGUCCCAGCACGUCGGAGGAGCAGGUGGCGUAGUUCCAUACUCAAAAUACCAAAAUCAAUGAUUUUAUUUUUAAAAUGCUUUUAAAUAGUAUAUAUAAUAUGUAGUUAGACGCCCGUAUAUAUGUAUUAUAUAAAUGUUUAGAAUAGCGAUUAUGUUGAUUUUACGAACAUAUAUACGUACAUAAAUAUCGGGGAGUAAGAGUCUAUAGUGCAGUGUUGAAUAUUUCUAAUACUUGUACAUAUAUAUUUAAGAAACUUGCCGCAUUACUUCACAAAACAAAUCUUCAGUUUGUCAUUACAAAGUACAGCAGGUUGUAUGGUAUAUAUUCUUCCGCAGAAAUAUAAAUUUUUUAAUGUUUAGUACGUAACGUUAAAGUAACUUGUAAGUUUACAUGGAAAAAAUCGUUUCUGUAGAAUAGGUUUUGAUAAAUGAAAAUGUAUUUAAACAUAUGUACACAGUUAUAAGCAAAUACAUAUAUCUAUGUGUAACAAUUACAAAAUUUUGAAAUAAUUUCGGAUUCGUGUUUCGGUUCGCGUUGCCAAUUGUUUGACUUAUCGUCAGGUCGUUAAUUACUGAUACACUUCAAGUCAACUGGGAUUCAUUGCAAUAGAUUCAAGGAAUAAUUUUUCAUGAAGUAGUAGAUGCUUAUGUUUCUUUCUUUCUGCCAAUUUGUCAUGUCAUGUUACUGUAGCCACCUUCCAAACACCUGUCUUUGGUUCUUGUGUAAUUUGGUUGCCCGAUCCAGUUGAAUCAAGACAAUAGUUUCGCUGAUCGUGUUGUCAUUAAGCGAUUCUAAGUAAUUUCGAAAACAAUUAGGGUUUCCAAAAAUCUCUGCUCUAUAAAAACGUCACUGCCUUUAAACUCACUAUAAAAUUAUUCCCAAAAGUUCAUAAUCAAAAUGAGCUUAUUUCCAUCAACUGUGCAUGGUGUGCCUCUAAUCAUCACUGAUACGUCGUUGCCUUCGUGUAGAGCUUUUUGCAUCUUCCUCUACAUUAUCGUUGUUUAGUGGUCGCUUUUUUACUUCGUCUUCUUCAGUUAUUUCCGUUUCCUUGUCAUCAACGUCUUCAUCCUCCGCUGCAACUUCAUCCUCCUCGUCACUAGUAUUCUUUACAACCAAAUCUUCGGAAGCA